AUGCAGGGAGAGAGAGCCAGUCUCGGUUCUUUAUCAGAGGCCUUGAACUUUGAGCAUGGUUCUACAUCUAGUAAUGCUGUGACAGAACGGGAGUUUCGUUGGGAGGAUAUUCACAAUAUUGAUCCUAAUGAAUUCGAGGAUUACAUGAAUUCAACUGCUGAUACAAAUACUACUUUUCCAAACUCAGUGUAUCCUGAGCAACGCGACUUACACAGGUUUAGCCUAGGUGAGGCUAGCUCUAGUGGUACGAAGGACGAAGGCGCUAGUCACAGCAGGCAAUUGAUGGAAAUUGGACGCUUUGAGGAACGGAGAAAUGACAAACUUGAGUUGAAUCCUAUGUUUUUGCAACCGUCUAAUGAAAGCCGUACGGUUCAAAAUGUUAAUCUGAAUGCAGAAUAUAAUGAGCAUCUUGAGCAUAUGAAUCAGUUCAUGGGUCAUCCUGGACUCAGGUCUGGGCUUUUACCAGAAAACAGUGUUAGAGCGGAUGCCUCUGUAGAUGGUCGUCGUGCAUCCUGUAAAAGAAAAGCUCUUGAUGGGGGCAUUGGUCAGUCCUCUUCAAACAGAGGUUUUCGUGAGUUCCAACGUGGAGAGAGCAGUUCUUGGGCCCCUGUUCCUGCGUUUUGUAGCCCAGCAAAUGAUUUGAACAUAUCUCUUGACCAUGGUCCAAGGGGAUUAGUCUCAGGCGCUGUUCCAAAUCUGUCUACUCCUUCCAUCACAGAGAGCUCCAGUAGAAACUUCUCUGUCAGGGUUCCCACAAAUCAGCAAGAAACUGUAAACCCAGCUGUCUUUUCUGCAGGAAGUGUUAUCAGGCGACCGGUUGCUCCAUCCUUUAGCACACCAGGACUUCUACCAGCAGAUCAACAUCCGAUCGAUUUGGGAUAUGGAAAUGCUUUAGGCAGUUUUGGUUCUCAGAACCCAAAUGCUUCUGCUACUCGUAUCCCUCCUGUUUCAAGAACUAUGGUACCACCAUUUCAAUGGAGUGUGAGCCCAGUAGCAGCGGGUGGGUCAUCGAGUUCUGCUGCUUCUGUUGACAGAAAUGUCGUUCAUCGAGAUGAAACCAGAUCAAGAAGCAACAUUCUGGAGAAUCCCUUUUUCGUUCCGGCUCCAGACUUGAGAAAUCUGGCCCACAGUCAUAUUAUUAGAAAUGCAAGUGGUGCUGGACAUGUUGGAUCGUCGUCAUCCAGGACAAGUGUUCAGCCAUCACCGUCUAAUCCACCAUGGACUCCUUACCAGAAUCACUCGCCAAAUAAUCAAAGAAGAUUAUCUGAACAUUUCCGUAGGUCAUUGCUUUCUUCCCUUGCUACAAACCAGAGAGCAGCUCGUUCCUUGGUCCCUCCUGCCUCUCCGGAUGAGCAUGUGCUUCAAUCUGGUGGAGAUAACAACUUUCAGGGGCAGAAUCGCUCUUACUCCAGAACAGGUCCAAGACAAGGGCAAAAUGCAAUUGGCACUCCUCAUAAUUUGCGGGGCUUGGCAUCCGCAAGUCGAGGAAGAAGCAGACUGGGGGCAUCUGAGAUCCGCACUGUGUUGGAGCACAUGCGUAGGGCAGGGAACUUGCGUUUUGAGGAUGUUAUGCUUCUCAAUCAGUCAAUGGUGCUAGGUGGCGCUGAUAUUCCUGACCGAUAUAGAGACAUGCGACUUGAUGUUGACAACAUGACAUAUGAGGAGUUGUUGUCUCUAGAAGAGCGGAUUGGAGAUGUUUGUACCGGUCUGAAUGAGGAAACCAUAUCAAACCGAUUGAAGCAACAUAAAUUUAAAAGUACUACCAGAUCUCCACAAGAAGUAGAGCCAUGCUGUGUUUGUCAGGAGGAAUACAAGGAAGGUGAAGAAAUGGGGAUGCUGGAAUGCGGGCACGACUUCCAUAGCCAUUGCAUCAAAGAAUGGCUAAAGCGGAAGAACCUUUGCCCAAUCUGCAAAACCACAGGAUUAAACACUACCGAGAGAAGAGAAUGA